AUGCUCAUUGAUUCGCCAGUCAAAAGGUAACACUGGUUGCCAAUAUUAUUGGCGCCCUCCUUUACGUUUCCGUACAAUAUAUUUUAUUGUCAAGAGAAUGGGCUUUUUUGUGCUUGUAUUAAUCGAAACUCGACGGUCGUUGCUCGACUUUCGACUGGAGUAUCUAAAUUAUUUCAUACAAUUCAAACAAUCAUACUUAACAAUAAAUCAGUCUGAUUUUUUUUUCUUAUCAAGGGUGUGUGUGGAUAUUGAGACGAGCGACAGCGAUGAGUGCCUUUUCAAACCAGUCUUUGCAUCAGAAAAGUGAGUCACUCAAAUAUAUAUACCAUAAAAUUUCCGUGAUAACAGUGGAGUCAUUGAACGUGUUUACGAACAAUUAACUCUGAAGGGUAUAUUUUAAUUGUCUGAUUAUUUCAAUACGAUGUCGGUGAAAGAUCACCACACCUUGCACGAAACGUUAGAGAAUUUUGCUCUCCCACUGUGGCGUUUGAGAAACCUAUGAAAUUCUUUUACUGUCUUCCAUAGAGAUGUGGCUGAAAAGGUAAAUAAGAAAGUGCUGACAUACCAGUUGAACGACUCCAGCGAUAGCAGUGAAGACGAACAAGGAACUGAUUACUUGAACGACGACCCAAUGGUUCCCAUCUACCGACGGGGAUUACGUAAGGGUUUGGCCUUCAAGAAAGUGGUAGAUAUCCUCUUCCAUCCGCCUCGAGAACUUAUUGCACGUGCUGUUCCUUCCGCUAUCUCCGAAAAUUCUGUCUUUGUGGUGGACAUAUCUGCCCCACACAUAAAGCACUUUAAAAAUGUUCUGGCUGACGACCUUGGUGCAUGGAAUCCAACUGGGACGAAACAGCAAUACUACCGUGCUUCCACCAAGAGGAAUCCUGUUCGUAAGGCUUCCCAGUCGGAAUAUGAUGAUCAUGAGGCACAGGUCUAUAAAUGUACGAGAAGCUUCUACAGGAAUGAAUCCUCCCCCGAUUUGCAAAGGAUUUUCAUUUAUCUGACAGGUAAGACUAUUUUAACAAAUAAAUAACAGUGAGGUCCUUAUGGAAAAAUCUCAAAUGGAGGCCUAGCGGUAUUAACCUAGCGAUAGCAAGGUCAUUAGUCAGUUUGAGAGGUCCCUGCUACAAUGAAUAAACAGUUGAGAUUAGUAAGACAUUUGUAACAUGGAUCAUGAAAAAAGCUUCCGAAGAAAGAGAAAGUCAAUUUAAACCAAGGGUCACACUGCUCAAGUGAAAUAAGUAAACUAUGGCGUGCUCCGAAAAGUGGUGUGUGGCCAAAAAUAGGAAACAAAAUUAUUGACAAAAACAAAACAAAAUUUUUCUAUAUUUGAGUGAAGAACAUCCAUCUUCAAAACCUCACCGUAAAAAAAUUUACGUCCUCAUUUGUCAUAAUGUAACAAAUCUGACCAGCAAAAGGGGGUUUUAAUCAAUACAGCAUAUCACACCAGUGCACAACAUCUGGUUACCAAGUGCAUUCAAAUAUCAAAACCUUUAUUAAUUUCAUCUUCUCCUUUUUCAGAUUCCAACGGAACGAUUCACGAUUUUGCUCUUCUGCAAUAUGUUUUUGAUGAUAAUGAACACGAAGUUAAAGUUAAACCACGAGGCAAUUCUAAAAGUCUUUCCAAAGAGUAUUACCGCACUUCGCAUACUACCAUGGAACGGUUAAAAGAACUCGCGAAAUCUGACCCUCCCAAGACGGUGUUUUUCAAGAGUAUCGAAGAAAAGGGAACAAUUUCAGACUUUAGAAACGCAGCUAGCCAUGCCAGAAAUGUACAACGGAUAAAGAACAUUAAAAAAACCAUGGAAGAGCAACCUGGGGAUUCUACACUCGAGCUGAUAGACAUGCUGAAGCAAGGAAACAGAGACAAAGAGAAUGCCUUCGUCCGUAAAGUAGAGACCUCAACCGAUCCUUGUGUUGUCCUAACGACUGACCAGCAACUUAAGGACGUGGAAAGAUUUUGCACAAAUCCUAGCCAGUUCAGUAUUUUAGGAGUCGAUCCUACUUUCAAUUUUGGAGACUAUUAUGUGACUCUUACUACAUACAGGCAUCUCCUUCUCCGAACCAAAGAAGACAAGAAUCCAGUCCGGAUCGGACCAACCCUAGUUCACCACAAAAAAGAACCACCCAGCUAUUACGAGCUCUCGUCUACCAUGAUAAAGCUAAAUGCAAAAACCCAAAAUGUUCUAGUAUAUGGUACUGACGGAGAAAAGGCAUUGGGUGAGGGUUUCGGUAGACCUCUCCCUUAUGCCCAGCAUUUACUCUGUGACCUGCAUAUGAAAGACAACAUAGUGUCAAAAAUGAACGAACUUGGAAUACGGGGCAAACAAUCAGAAGUCAUUCUAAGUGACAUCUUCGGAAGAGAUAUUGGUUGUAAGAGGGUACCUGGUCUUAUAGACUCGGAAAGCCACGCCCAGUUCGUGACCAAUCUGGAAAAAAUGAAGGAGGAGUGGCUUUCCUUACACCCACUCUCAGAGCGCUUUAUUACUUACUUUUGUAAGUACAAAGCGGAAAUUAUAAGGCAAACGAUGACAGCUGAAUUGAGAUCCAUGGCUGGUCUAGGCUGGCCUCCAGGUGUAUACGAUCAGAACGGAAAUGAAUGUAUGAACUCGGUUCUACAAAGAGCGAAACAACUUACAAGGAAAGGGAAGCUUUCCAUUCCCGAAUUUGCCAGGUUGCUGCAGACGGUGGUGAAAAGACAGAGAACAGAAGAGGAUUUAGCAUUUAUGGGGCUCGGAGAGCUAAAAAUGGACAAAAAUUACGAGGAAGAGGGAAUGAAGGAGUUUGUCUUUUACAGGAAGACGAGAGCGCAACAGGAAGCGGCGCUCAAAAAAUUUCACAAUCUCCCAGUAAAGACAGUUGACAUAAUUCCUAUCGACCCGGAAAACACAAAUGAAGCGGACACAAUGUCACCAUUGAGUUUGCCUCUGGAAGAUUUUGGCAUUAUCCGGGUUCCCUUCAGUAUUCUAGCACGUAUGUACCAUCGUGCAUCGUUGAUUUUGGCGCGCAAAGGAGAAAACAUUCAUCCCGAUCCUGGAAGAGGGGACAAUUUACCACGUUGUGUGGCAAACGAGGCAAUUGAUGCUCCAUCGUAUGCAGUUUGCAAGAAACGUACCAUGCGACGUGGAACAUAUUAUGUGUGCAGCGGCACUUGUAUCAAUUUUAAAGCGUAUGACAUUUGUGCCCAUAUUUUAGCCGUGGCUGAAAUGGAUCGUUCAUUGACUGAGUUCGUUCAUUGUUACAAGACAACGAAACAAAGGCCUCCUAACGUGGAUGCCUUGAUUCACAUGGACCUCCCUCCUGGGCGUGGGUCAAAAAAGACCAAGAAAACACAAAGAAGGAAAGGUGCUACAAAUAAAAUAAGAAAGGAAGUUGUGGAGAGUUACACUAACACCUCUCCAACUGACCAUUCAGCAUAG